AUGGUCAAGAAGGGCGGCGCAUCUCUCGUCCCUGACGCCUGGGAGGAUGAUGACUGGGAGUCCGCAGCCGACAAGCUUGACGCCCAACCCACAGAGGUGCAGCCUGAACCACAGGUACCGAUGACCAAGGCAGAGCGGCUCGCCCAGCAUGCCGAGCAGAAUCGAAAGCUUUGGGAAUCAGCUGACUCCCCCACGCCCACACCAAUGACCUUCCUCGAAGCCCAACCCUCAGUCCCCCUCGCCACGGGCUUCAAACCCCAGGUCAAAGUCCUGAGCCGAAAACCCGCGCCCCGAACAAUCGCCCGGCGCGACCCCGUCACCGGCCUCCUCUCCCACCUCUCCCUCGCCGACGAUGAUGCCGACGAUCAGCACGCCGAGAAGAAGCCGCAGCUCACGCCCGAGGAAAUUCGCGCUAAGCAGCAGCGCGAGCUCGAGGAGAAGCAGCGGCGGUACGAGGAGGCGCGCGCAAAGAUCUUUGGCGAGUCGAAUCCUUCCUCUGGCGCUUCGAGCCCGAGUGGGACAGUCACGCCACCUAGAGGGGGAGGAGGAGGUACUGAGAACGAAAGAGGUGGAGGGCGCGGCCGUGGACGAGGACGGGGUCGUGGCGGCGGCGGCGGUGGUGGAUACCGAGGGAACUCGAAUCGACAAGACGACCUACGACGACCUGGUAGCAGUCGAUCCGACGCCGUUCGCGCCGAGAGCGGUCGUGAGCUCUACGACCCCGGAUACGCACCCCGAGGCGGCUUCGGGAUGCAGAAGCGUGGGGGCGGCGACAGCCCAAACACGUACAACACGUACAACCCGCAUUCUGGACGUUCAACCCCGAGAGACGUCGAGGACCAGCCCAAGCAGGCCAUUCGAGCUCCACGCGGACCGGAUGGGACUGGAAGAGGUGGAUUCGGCUUCGCCAAGCGAGGCACAAAGGAAGGAUGA